CCAUAUACAAAACUAUCUAAUCGAUACAAUAUACUACUAAACACAGUACUGUCCUAUACAAAUAUUUAGUCGAGAUACAAUACUUUCUUUAAGAUUAAUAUGAAACGUACACCCUAAUCAUUCAAAAUGGUUCCGUCCAUCAGCUGGAGUAACAUGUGCAUACAAAACGUUGGUUGCGGGGUUACUGUACAUUGAGUGAUCGCCCUCUCUCAAGAGCGCCGUGGAACUCGACGCCAGGUUGUUUUUCUUUCACCACUUACUUUACAUUGCAGAUCAAAGCGUCUACCACCUUGAGGGAAACUUUUCCACAUUUCUUCGUUUCAGCGAACGGCCCUUGGAGAAAUGUUGUAAGACAAGGAAUUCUUGAGCAUCUGGGAGGUGUGCUGCAACACUCUUAAGGACUCUUAAGGAAGAAGUCUCCAAGAAAAGAUGGCAAUGGAUGUAGACGCCUUAGAAAUUGCAAAAUCAGUGGAGAAGCGAUUGGAGUAUUACAUGAACGUAAAAAGGUUGGAGGAAGGAUUUGAUCCGACUGGACAAGGCAUAUACCGAACAUCACACCGCAUGGCACCCUAUGACUUGGGACACCUUCUAGUGUCUACCAGAAAACCAAGAAGAUUCCGGGGAAAAAUUACCCAAAAACUGAAUCCUCAAGAAACACCAGACAGAGAAGCCAAAAACAGUGCCAAAGCUGGAACCAAUGGCAGAGUCGUGAAAGAGAAAUAUGUUCCACAGGUGGCUAGAAGUGAUAGCGGGUUUGAAAGCAGGAGUGGAACACCACAUAUUCCAAAACUGGACAUUAACGGAAAGAAAUCGCAGCUAACUUCCAAAGGAGCUUGUUCAGAUCAUCCCAGUUUGCCACUGACCCCCAGACAGACCUCCAGUGCCAGACAUAUGCAUCGAGUUCCAGUCCUGGAGGCAGACAGGCUCGCCAAACAUGCCACCAAACUCAUCGAGACCCUCCCACUGGACCAGCUGACAGCCAUGCACUCCAGCCGCUUCCAUCCAGUCCCACAGCCACACAGACCCAGGCACAAGGAUGUUAGUCCCAGGGCCAGCAGUCUGUCCAGGAAUGUGCAUGCCUUGCUGCAUGGGACGGCCACACGGGAAUACAUCAGCAAAACAGAAACACAGAGGGUGAAAUCAGCGAGAGCGUACAGAGCCAAGUCAGCCAAGCUGAGUCCACCUCAACCAACCAAACCUGACGACGAGAAGCCGAGAUCCAAGUCAGCCUUGGGUUUACACAGGUUAAAAACUAAACCUACCAAGACUGUCUCAUCACGUGUGGAGGAUUACGAGAACGAUGAUGAUGAUGAAAGUGAGGCCUGGACCUCAGAGUACCUGAAGGAUGACGACACGACGACAGAAGAGGCUGUGUUUAAGGAGAUGCCAAGAGGAGCUGGGACAACAGUUCAGCUGACAGGGUGGUUAAGUGAGCAAAUGGAAAAGUGGACAGAGGAAUAUGAUACAGAGGAGAAAGCUGAGCAGGAACAAAGCACUUGUUCAGAUGAUGAGGGGGAUGGCAACCAAUCACAGGCCACAGUUGAGGAUCACCAUGGCAACCAGGAGAUGGAAGAAGAAGUAGAGGAAACAAUUGAAGAGAAGAAAGUAGAGGAAACAUUGGAGGAACCAUCCCAGAAUGACACAGAAGGAGAAAAUGAGGAGGAAAAAUCUCCAGUGCAAGAAAUACAGCAAGAAGAUGAACCUAGCACUGAAGAGUCAGUUGGAACUAAAAUUGAAAGCACAGAUUCUGAAAAGGAACAAAACGACACUGUAGAACCUGAAAACGAAGAGAAGACAUCUCUAGGCUCAAGGACAAGUCUGAGUAAGAAAGACAAGGAAGAAGCAUCAAAUGAUGUAGAGGAUAGGAGCAAGGUAGACAAGGAUGCUGUGAAAGAGACAGAAGAGGCACAGGAAGAAAAAGACAAUGCUGGUGAGGCUGAAGCAUCUGUCAUGCAGGAAAAAAGAGCAAGUAUUUCAAGCAACAAGACAAAUAAAGAAGACAAUGAGACCCAAGAGGAACAGGCACAGGGUCAUGGAGCUUCAGAGGAAAGAAGAUCGAUUACUUCAAGUAAGCAGUCUGUCAAAGAAGGCAUUGAGACCCAGGAGGAUCAGGUACAGAAUCAUGGUGGUACAGAGGUAGAUGAGAACCCAGAUUCAGAAGUGCAAAGAACUGGUAGUGUUACGAAAGUGCAUUCUGAGUCUGAGGAGAACAGUGGAAAAGAGGAACAGGAUGCAAGUGUGCCAGAUGCUGAAAAAGGGCAAGAUGAAACAAUAGUGGGUGGGCUGGAGGCAGAAGAACAAAAAGGAGAGGAUGAGAAAAAUGACAGGGAAGACAGUGCAGGAAACAAGCCAGAGGGAGAGCUGGAAGAGAGUUCCAAGGACAAGGAGAACAACAUCGCAGAAAAUGAUGAGGCACAAGAAGCAGAGGUUAACACUAACAGUACUGAUAAUUCUAGUCUUGAUGACAAGGAACUUAUCUUACAGAAAGACGGGUCAGAGAAGAAGUCAAAACGCAGAAAAAGUUUGAAGAAAAAAGCAUCCAAAGAGUCAGUCACCAAAGUCCAAGAUUGUAACAUUGAUGACAAGCAACCAAUUUUGAAGGAAGAAGAAGAGAGCAAAGAUGAUGAAGUGGAAAAGAAACCAAAACACAGAAGAAGUUUGAGGAAGAAAGCAUCACAGGAGUCUGUUACAGAAAGCUCAGAGCAACAAAAUGAUACAGAUGACAGCAAAUGCAAUGAUGACACCACAAAUGGCCCAAGCCAAAAAGAUACCUCUGAUGAUGAACCUAAAACAGACUUGAAUCUAAAAAGUGGCAGCACCUCAUCACUUGGGAAGUUGAGUAACUCAUCUCUGAAUGUCCCAAAACCUUCAUCUGAUGGAGGACAGGAUACGGGAAAGGACAAAGACGGGGACUCCUACAGUAUAAGCUCUGCCACGUAUCACAUGAAUCCUAGCGGAGACUGUCCGCCCGAUCUGAAAUACGACGACUCCUACGUCAAGCACAAAACGUGCGAAAACUGGGUCCUACAAACCUUCAGGAAAACCGCGUUUAACGCACAACUCGUGGACAUCGUCGCCAAGAAGUGCGGCUCGAAUUUCAGGCAAUGUUUCGAUGAGAACGCGGACGUGCGGAGGAAAUGGCAAGCCCAUCUCGCUGACACACGGGAGUUGUACGGCCAGUAUUGUGCCAAAAGGUGGUGCGUGGAUUUUCUCCUGAAAUAUCAGAAGCAGUGUUCACCGGUGGCUGAAGACCUGAAGACCAUUGUUGAUGAGAAGCUGCAAGAGUUCACCACCAUAGUGGACCUGUCCUGUAGUAAACAGACAGACUCUGCAGGCCGGCCGUGUGGAGACCUGUAUCACCAGUACCGACUGGCCCUGGCAGCCAGUCAGACCAGGAAACCUGACACCUGGACGGACUUCAGGGCCAGGAUCAACUCAUCAGCACAGAGCGGAUGUCCCCAAAACUUUCCACAGGGAUGGGGUUUGCGGACAGAUAUGCUGGGAUGCUGUGUCAACCAAACAAUCAACACACUUAUCAAGUACCAAGGCCUGUGGUACAAGUCAGUGGUACAGGACACCCUGCAGAAGUGUAACACCUCGGUACCAGUGGACUGCAGUACCUCACCAGAGAAGGUGAAGUCAAUCUAUCCCAGUGGCAUCAGGUUUAACACCGUUGUGGGGAUAGUCGCCGCGUCAGUCAUCUGCGUCGUGGGGCUGUUCGUCUUCGUGCGCGCGGUCUACACCAAGAUCCGAAAGGGGGAGUACGAGCGUGAAGACGUGCGCUACUCUGAGAUCCUCAUCACGGACGAUGAUGAUGAGAUGGGGGAUGGGGAGGAGGAAGAGGAGGAGGUGGAUGAAUGAUGCAGGCCGUCCACUGGCAGAUGUUCUUGAAGGCAUCCGGUGCAAUUUCAGGGCAGCAAUACUUUAGAUGAUGAAAUCUGUGUGAUACUGAUAUUUACUACAUUUCUUAGCACAUUUUCUUAAUGAUUUAAUACUUU